AUGCCUCGAGCUCCAAAGCGUCAGCGCUGCAUGCCUGAAGAAGACCUUCAAUCCCAAAGUGAGACACAGGGCCUCGAGGGUGCACAGGCUCCCCCAGCUGUGGAGGAGGAUGCUUCAUCAUCCACUUCCACCAGCUCCUCUUUUCCAUCCUCUUUUCCCUCCUCCUCCUCUUCCUCCUCCUCCUCCUCUUGCUAUCCUCUAAUACCAAGCACCCCAGAAGAGGUUUCUGCUGAUGAAGGGACACCAAAUCCUCCCCAGAGUGCUCAGGUAGCCUGCUCCUCUCCCUCAGUCAUUGCCUCCCUUCCAUUAGACCAAUCUGAUGAGGGCUUUGGCAGCCAAAAGGAGGAGAGUCCAAGCACCCUACAGGCCCUGCCAGACAAUGAGUCUUUACCCAGAAGUGAGAUAGAUGAAAAGGUGACUGAUUUGGUGGAGUUCCUGCUCUUCAAGUAUCAAACGAAGGAGCCGAUCACAAAGGCAGAAAUACUGGAGAGUGUCAUAAAAAAUUAUGAAGAACAUUUCCCCGUGAUGUUCAGUGAAGCCUCCGAGUGCAUGCUGCUGGUCUUUGGCAUUGAUGUAAAGGAAUUGGACCCCACUGGCGACUCCUUUGUCCUUGUCACCUCCCUGGGCCUCACCUAUGAUGGGAUGCUGAGUGAUGUCCAGAGCAUGCCCAAGACUGGCAUUCUCAUACUUAUCCUAAGCAUAAUCUUCAUAGAGGGCUACUGCACCCCUGAGGAGGUCAUCUGGGAAGCACUGAAUAUGAUGGGACUGUAUGAUGGGAUGGAGCACUUCAUUUAUGGGGAGCCCAGGAAGCUGCUCACCCAAGAUUGGGUGCAGGAAAACUACCUGGAAUACCGGCAGGUGCCUGGCAGUGAUCCUGCACGGUAUGAGUUCCUGUGGGGUCCAAGGGCCCAUGCUGAAAUUAGGAAGAUGAGUCUCCUGAAAUUUUUGGCCAAGGUAAAUGGGAGUGAUCCCAGAUCCUUCCCACUGUGGUAUGAGGAGGCUUUGAAAGAUGAGGAAGAGAGAGCCCAGGCUAGAAUUGCCACCACAGAUGAUACUACUGCCAUGGCCAGUGCAAGUUCUAGUACUACAGGCAGCUUCUCCUACCCUGAAUAA